GCAAGUCUAUCAUCGCAUUCAUCCAUUACAACAACCACUUAACAUAGAUAUUUCGCAUCUUCAUCAUGGAGUCUCCUGUCGCAUCUAGUUCGAGGGAAAUCCGCCGCUUCUCCGCCCCGAACAUCAACUAUGGCGCACCACCAACUCCUAGCAUCCAGGCAGAGCCGGUCUUCCUAGGAAACCGCAGUCUGCUCUGCAGAGGCAGAGACGCGGCCCGCUCGCGAUCAGUACCUCCCUCACUGCAAGGCCUCAUCUCCAACGACAUUCCUGACGAGCCCGCAUAUCUCAUUGACCUCGCAAUCGACCAGCACGCCCGUGCACAGCCGUGGAUAAACACCUUCCACUCUGCUUCCUCCGCCGCUGCUCGCCCUCCCCGUCCCUCACCUACCAUCCCAUCGCGCACCAGGUCGAGCGCACGCCCCAGCCGUGCCGUCGACUCGCCCGACUACUACCAGAUCACGUAUACCUCCGACGCUGCGAUCGUUACUUCCCAAGUCUACGAAGACGAAGAGGACAUGGCGUGGCUGAAAUUUGCCGACGGGGAGCGGUGCUUCAACAUGCGUCCUCCAGGCCUUUCUAGCCCUUUCCCGGAGGACGAGGACAUCGACUGUUGGUUCAAACCCGGGGCCACACUUCCUGAGCCCCCGAUUCGACAUGAGGUGGCCCCUGAGCACGGCACGCCAUCGUCGCCGCCGCCACCAUACGAGGACCGUGAGCACACUGUGGUCACAGUUACGACGAUUGUGCCAUCCGCGCGCAGCGGCCAGAGAGGCAGAGGUUCACGGCAUCAUUCGUCCCAUGCGGAGAUCGCCCCGCCCCAGGCGCCGCACCUACCGAGCGUUGAACGCUUUGUGGCGGACUCGUUCCUGGCAGACCCGACAGUGCCCAUCGAGGUGACAGUCGGAGCGAUGGCCGAGCUUAUCAAGCAAGUGAAAUAUCUCGGCCUGUCCGAGUGCUCCACAGAGACCCUCCGUCGCGCACUCGCUGUGCACCCUAUCACUGCGCUCCAGACUGCCAGAGAACUCGGCAUCACGAUCAUCGCGUACUCGCCCCUCAGGCGCGGCUUGCUGACCGGACAAUAUAAAUCGCUUGACGACUUUGACGAGGAUGACUUCAGACGCACGGUGCCGCGCCAACACGUCUUGACAGAUAACUCGAAAGAGAACUUGCCGAGCAUCUUGAAGCUCGCCAACAGGCUGAAACAAAUUGGAGCGCGACACAAUGCGACAGCAGGACAAAUCGCGCUCGCAUGGCUUCUUGCACAACGGCCGGACGUCAUACCUAUCCCCGGCACGACCAAGAUCGAGAUACCAAGAUUUGGGCGCAGCACAUAUAAAGCUCGCGACAGAGGAGGUCGAGGAGCCUCGGAGGAGGUGCGCGAGGUGGUGAACAGCGCACAUUUCAUGAACGACGCUCGGUACCCGCCCCGGCUUCCUGCAGUUCUGUUCGCGGACACGCCUCCCCUCGGGAAGUAGGCAUCUCGGCGGAUCAGCACUGCCUGAGAGCAUGCUACCUUGAAUGUCUGGAAAUGUUUGGUAUAAUCUGUUUUGCUUGAAUGAGCCGUCCCAAUUGACAACAUAAACCCUCAUUGCAUACUCUGAAUUGUGGGACAACGCCCUGGGACUCGCGCAGGCGGAAGGUGGAAUCUACGAACCAU